UUAGUUUUUAAUCUCUCUUUUCUAAACUAAGAUAAAAUGGAAAUGAGAGAAGGAAUGGAAUAAAUGUUGUUGAAGAUCAUAUUGGCACCGCGCAUUUGUAUUAUUCCCAAGAGGAGUAGGAGGGUACAUGUGUGUGCCAGAAAGCAUUUUGGGUAACUUAGUAUUUCCGGAAGUAUGAUAUACCAUAUCUUUCUUGGCUUAAAAUAAAAUUUGCUUGGACAAAUAUCUCUUUUGUUUGUCGGAGAAAGUCCUGCAAUGGAUAGUUUUUCAAAGAAACUUGGGCUGGAGAAGAAAAUGGCUCUUAAACUCAGCGCAAUCACUAAACAUGAAGAAGAUUUCCAUUUUAUGGAUAAGGAAGAACCUGGCAAGGACGCUUCAGAGGACAUGACUCGGGAGUCACUAAUAGCCAUCUCUUACCCUGUGGCCGGGAAGGAUCUUGCCUUGGGACAUUCACCCGAAGAUUCAAACAUUGCAAAUGUGGUUGAAGGUAUAAAUGGCGAUGGCGAUGAGAAGUAUAGGUCUAAGCUGAUCUCAAUAUCCUAUCAACCGUCACCAGACAUCAAAGCCCUAUCGGUUCGGCCCGGAGAACUUAAGGGUUAGCCUGGACAGCAGGUUUUGUGUUGUAACUAAUAUGUAUAAUACUUCCUCGUGGCCUGUUGUGAAUUAGAGCUGUAGAGUUUCUGAUUCCAUGAACCCGUGGUGUUCCUGUAGUUAGUGCUCUAUAUGCUUUACUAUGCUUUUUAUGCUUUACUUGAGAUCAACAUUACAAUAAUGGCACACACGUACAGAUGUUUGCAAUCACCACUUUCAGAGUUUAAUUAAAUGGAAGUUGGUUUUUGUAUUCUGUUUUCUC